GCACAGCUAUGGCUCGGCCUCUAUUUGGCGGUGCAUUAUCAACUGUUAUCCCCCCCAGUGCCCAGGAUGUCAGUGAACUGAGACAGAUCCCUGAUAAUCAAGAAGUAUUUGCUCACACACAAACAGAUCAGAGUAUUAUCAUUGAACUGCUGGAGUACCAAAGUCAAGUGCAAGAUGCUGAUGCAGUCAGGUAUCACUUUGAGGACGUGGCUGCAAGUAACAGGGCGGUAGAGAAUGGUUCCUUCGAGGUCAGAGGGGUGGAGCAGGUCUCUCAAUCAGAGCUGUCACUGCAUGAAUGCAGCUCUGCCUGGCUGCUGUCUGGAGCUCAGCUGGUCUCUAAAUUUAAUGAGGAGGCCAAGAACACUGUGAACAUUCACCUGUGCUUAUUCCGUCUGCCGCAGUACACCACUGACAUCUUGGUGACGUUCAACGAUCCUGUUUGUAUCAAUCCCCUCAGCAGCAGUGCCGUUGAAAAUGUGGCCGCUGUACCAUGGACACUACAUGACUUCAAGGGUGUACUGCAGUCAUUCCGUCUACUCGACCCUGGAGUUUUUGGGUAGAUGCUUCACAUAUACAUUUAAAUGCAGUUGGUUUUGCAGUUAUGCCUUUACAAUGACUGAACAGGUUAAAACAAUGUUAACAGGUUAAACAGGCUAAAACAAAGCUAGAAGGCUAGAGUCUCUAUAAAAUAUUUUUUUCUUGCAGUGCAAGGCUUAGCAUUUAUCUGAUUCGUAAGUGAGGCUGUACAAAUGGAGUUAUUGGUAAAAAAGCAAAAAUUAAUUCUAAUAAGACAUACAUUGUCUUCCUGAAACUGACUCACAUUUGAAAACCAGUGUUUACUCAAAUUGUUGCAAAUUGAUGCAGGUUCAUUCAGUAAAAUUUCCCUGGAGUUUUUUUUUUUUGGUUAUCCUAAAAGUUUGCAGUCAUCAUUGUUUUUAGUUGCAGAGUCAAACAUCUCCAUUACUUGCCUACCAAACUAAUGUUCAACUUAACAACUGAAACUCUGUGUUGAAACUCAGGUUUUCUUGAGUUACUCUGAAAUGUAGGACACUUUCACUCACUUAUCUUUAACUUGCCUAUCAUUCUGAAAGGGUAUAAGCAUUACCUUCUUUUCACCUCCGUAAUAUAGCUCACUUGCGUCUCUUCUUUAAACAUCAAGGAUUCUGAGACACUGGUUCAUGCCUUCAUUACUUCUCAACUUGACUACUGUAAUUCUCUUUUCUAUGGUCUAUCAAACACAACAUUAAAUAAGCUCCAAUACAUCCAGAAAUCUGCUGCUAGGGUCCUCACUUAUUCAAAGAAAUCCUCUCACAUUACUCCCAUCCUACACAGACUUCACUGGCUACCCAUUCGUUUUCGCAUUCAGUACAAGAUUCUCCUCAUCACCUUCAAAACACUCCAUGGUUUUGUCUUGUUUUCCUGAUCUCUGAAAACAUGAUUUGAUUUUUGCUAUGGAUUUCAUGUUUAUCUGUAUUCUGUUUUUUGUCUCCUGUUAUGUGUAACUGUUUUGAUAUUGUAAAGUGACCUUGAGUUUAUAGAAAGGAACUAUAUAAAAUAAACUUAUUAUUAAACAUUAUUAUUAUUAUUAUUAUUAUUAAGACUUAAUUUUUGGGCCUUUGUUUAAAAAAUAGCAUAAUCAGAACUUUUCACAACAAGGUUGUAAAUGACAAAAUGUAUAUUGACAUAAGUAGAAUAUGCCAGUAGUUAAUUUGUUGAACUACACCUAUAAACGUAUGGAGAACUUUCUUCAUAAAUUCAUUAAAAAUUACCUUGGAACCAGAUGAUGAACUGUAAAAAAAAAAAAAGUUUAGGCUUAUUUCUUUGUUGAUGCCACUUGAUGGUUUGAUUAAUACAGUGACAUUCAGACAAGUGUGAAUUAACUGUCCAAAAAACAUUUAAGAUAACAUAAUCAGUAUUAUGUUUUAUUUAUUUGUAUUAUUUAUUGUAUUUAAAGGACAACAUAUUGCAGUGUUAAUGUCAUGUAUAUAGAAAACACAAGUCAUUCUUUUAAAAAUAGUUUAUUCUCAAAUUACAUACUUUAUCUUGUUACAAACCCAAUAUGUACCUAUAUAAUUUAAGUCUCUUAAUAAAUAAUUUAAUGUUACAUUAGUUUCUCUAAAGCAUCAAACAGCUCAUUCAGUACAGCACAUAAUGUAAGGCAAAUGGUUACCAUUAUUCUGUCCCACUAAAUAGUGUCUCAUACUAUUUAAAUAGUUCUUCUCCUAAUAUUCUCUGCAAAUAAUGUCAUGUUCUCAAAGAAGCUUCAUGAACAUGACAUGAAACUGUUAAUUAUAAAACCAAAGGUAAUGAGGUUUAUAUCUAUUGCUUUGGAAUUUAUGUUCCACCCAAUUUAUGUUGAACCAAGUUUAAAACAAAUUAUACAUUCUAACAUUAAAGGCAUUGGCAAACAAGACAAAAAAUGUUUUUUUGCACCAGUAGAAAAUAGUAUUGAUAUUUUUUUAACCAGUCAGUUUGAGUGCACCUUCAUUUCAACUUCUAACUACUCAAAAGUAAGUCUUUGUCCUUUUAGUCAGGAUUAAUAAUUACAAUUGUCAAGUCAAAGUCAAAGGAAAAAAAAACACAAUUGAAAGACCAGUUUUGUAACAGUACACAAUCCCUGUUUGAGAACUAAACAUUUACAGUACAUCAUGUGAUUAAUGAUAAAAUAAAAUUUGUUCAACCAUGAUUCUGAUUACAUAUAAUCUUUAGGAAAGGUUCAGAAGUAAAAAAAAAAAAAAAAAAAAAAAAAAAAAAA